AUGGUGGCAGGUGGUCACAGCGUGGUGCUUCUAGCAGCAGUGGUGAGUCUGGCCGCCGUGUCGGCGUUUGUGGAGGAGCUGGAUGACACGUUCAUGAAGACUCCGAGAGCAGAGGAGAUGUGGCUCAUACAGGUUUACGCUCCCUGGUGCUCCUUCUGCAGACAGCUCGACCCCGUCUGGAACACCGUGGCCUCCGAGCUGAGGAGUCUGGGCUCCCCGGUCAACAUGGGCAAGACUGACGCCACAGCCAACACCGGCCUUGCCAAAGAGUUUCAAGUCAGAGGCUACCCGGCUAUACUCAUGUUGAAGAAUGAUGUUACGUAUAACUACCAGGGACCGAGAACCAAAGAUGGAAUAACUGAUUUUGCUAAUCGAGUUUCUGGACCGGUGGUUCGAGCUCUAACCAGCCACCAGCUCUUCCAACACGCCAUGAUGAGACAUCAGGUCCUAUUUGUUUACAUUGGAGCCUCAUCCCCUCUGAAGGUGAACUAUGUGGCUGCAGCUAAAGAACUCAUCGUCCACACGUACUUCUUCUGUGCCACCAGAGACGUCCUGCCCAAAGCAGCAACCAUCUCCACCCUCCCAGCAGUGGCAGUGUUUAAAGAUGGGACCUACUUCACCUAUGAUGAAGAACAGGAUGGAAACUUGAAAGCUUGGAUCAACAGAGAGCGUUUUCUUGGCUUCUUUAAGAUUGACAGUUAUACGUUGUAUGCCAUGGGAGACUCAGGAAAACUGGUGGCCUUGGCUCUGGUUGAUGACAGGAACCCAUCAGAGAAGAGCAUAUGGUACAAAAACCUGUUGGAGAAGGCUGCAACAGACUACAAGGAACUCUACAGCAGAGAUUUCCACUUUGGGUACAUGGAGGACCGUGACUACAUUGAAGGACUGGUCAUGGGUGAGGUGGCCGUGCCGUCUCUCAUGGUGGUGAAUUUGUCCAGUGAUGGUUACUUCCUGCCGCCUGGCAGCGUGGAGACCGAGGAAGACCUGCUGGACUUCCUCAAUGGAGUUUUGGACAACAGGAUUGAGUGUCAAGGAGGGAAUGGAUUCACACAACGCUUCAGAAGGUUUACUUAUGACACUAGAAAUACACUGACAUCCAUCUUCAGCCAGGCUCCUCUGCUGGGCUGCCUGCUGCUCAGCUUUCCCCUAGCAGUGCUGUGUCUGUUCUGUGCCAUGUAUUACAAGCUGCGGGUUCCUGAUGAGCUGGAUCACCAGGAACCUCCAGACACUUCCAGAGACCGAGGAGCCACAUCUCAGGGAGACCAGCAGAAAAUGGUGGCGGACAAGAAGGCUGAUUAA